AGACAUUGGUUACAGAAGAAGGAGAUUGUGAUUGGUCGCAGCUUGAUGAAACACAAAAUGAGACACUUACAAGCUCGACGUGUGACUGCUCUUGCCCCUCCCGCCAUGGUGCCCACUACCAAUCCCACCCAGCCUGUGUCUGUAGAAGGUGGCUGGUCUGAAGUCACUGACGAGGAGCUAAGACUGAAGGAAGAACUGGAGAAUGUGGAGAUGCGGCUCUCUGAUAGUCAGGCUUCCCGUGUGAAGGUUCAUCCUGCAGUAGCAAACAGCGAGAAAUCCCUGUACACCUUUCCCACCAUGAAGCGAGUCCUGGCUUACAGGAAUGGGGGCAAUUCAGAGCAAGCUGUAUAUGUUUGGGGCAAAUCUCUGGAAGAGUUACUGGACGAUUGCACUUUAAAGCUAAGUAUGCAACAUCUGCCAGCAGCGGUAUUG